UCCAGGUUUCUUCUGUUUGACUCACAGUCUGUAAGCUGGAUCCCCUGAACGAUCUGGACCUCUUUAUGUGAGCGUUUGUAUUUAAUUUGAUCAAAAACGGGUCAGGAUCAGAUGGUUUAAUGGUUGGUUUUAAAUGGACCUUCCUUAUCUUGCCACAUGUUUCCCACUAACAUCUGAAUCCCUGCAGGCGUUCCCUGUUAUGGAAUGACAACAUUGGGAGUAGAUGAGGAUCGGGAGGAUAAAAAUGAUCAUGUGGUGUUUUUUGUUUCUGAUUCUGUUCAGUCUAAGUGAACAGGAUGGACAACAAACAGGUGUUUCACAAUGCGGGCCUCAGAAUCUAAUAGUCAGGAGUCUGGACCAGAUGCUCCUGGCAGAGUGGAAAGACAAUGCCUCCUGCUUGACUUUGAAUGAACCAAUCCUCUACAAGAUGGCGGUUCUCAUUGAAAACAAGGAGGUUUAUUCUGAUGAAGUCUCAGUGACGCCAGGCGACAUCGGGUCGACUCAUUCCUGGAACUGGACGUCUCAUAUGCCAUUGCAGUGUGCUUCUCACACCUUCAGGCUUAAAUCUCAAAUCAACAGCCAGAUGAGCCUGCUGGAACAAGAAAACACUCUCCGUGGUGAAACCGGCUCUGGUUUGGAGAAAGUCUUCCCCCAGGAUGCGGUGCUUGAAGUUGGCAGCAUGGCCACCUUCUGCUGUAUUGUCCCAGAUGGUGAACAGUUCGACAAAAUGUAUCUGAGUGGAUCUACAGGCAGAAACAUGAGCACCACCCAGAUCAGUGAGCAGAGAUACACCCUGACUGUGCAGCUGGAGGAAGUUUGGGAUCGCUGUGUGGACGUCUUAUGUGAAACCAAAGAACCUACAAAAAGACAAUACGGAUCUUGUGUUUAUGUUGGCUACCCUCCUGAUGUGAGAGAUCUUCAGUGUGAAACCCGUGAUCUGGAAUCAGUGGAAUGCCUCUGGAAGGAAGGAAGAGACACAAUGGUGAAAGUCAAGAGUCCGACAGUUUAUCAGCUGAAUGAAAGCACAUGUGACUCCAAAUCCAACAGAACAUGCAAGAAAAAGUUCAAAGUUGAAGGUGGUAAGAAGAACUGGACUUUAACAGCUUGGAAUAAGCUUGGAAAGGUGGAGAUCCAAGACGCUGCAGAUCUGACAAAAAGAGUUCACAUGUUGGCUCCACAUGAACUCACAGUUGCUGAUGUCAAUGCCAGGAAUGCCAGCCUUACCUGGAGGUGGAGGGUGCAGCAGUACAGUAACCUGGACCUAACGUGCCAAAUAAACAUCACACACACACAGCGAUAUAUGGAACAUGGAGUCGGACUGAAUGCUACAGUUCUAAUUAAUCUGAGACCAAACUGGAAAUAUAAAGUGAAAGUCCGGUGCAGAACAGCUCAACAUUUCUGGAAAUGGGGCGACUGGAGCCAAAGUGUGACCUUCCACACCGAGGGUGAUGUUCCAGAUGCUCUUGAUGUGUGGAUGAAGAAGGAGGAAAACCAGACUGUGAUUGUUUGGAAGAUGCCUUUGGACAAGCAGAGCCACGGAGACAUCACAGAAUAUGAAGUAACCUGGGCCACAACUGGGGACCUAAAUCAACUGAACAAGACCAGAGUGCAUCCCAGCGUUCACAGAUACACCCUCUGUGCGGACACCAGUGGAGAACACGUCGUCACGGUUACGGCGAGGAACAAACAUGGCAGUUCCCCACCGUCAAACAUCACCAUCCCUGUCAUCAGUCCAAAUAAAACCAGUAUGAACACCUCUUGGAUCACUGGAAGUAAUGGGGGAUUCAACCUGUCCUGGUUUGGCAGUCCAAAAGCGAGUUGUGGCUACAUUGUGGACUGGGUUCCUGCAGUCGGGGAUGGGCCUGUGGACUGGCAAAAACUGCGUCCCAGUCAGACCAGCAUCAGGAUAACAUCAAUAUCCUCAGAGAACCUCGUAGAUGGGCUGAGAUACUCGUUAUCAAUCUACGCCUGCACCCAAACAUCUCCAGUGCUUCUGGAGAAGAAGGAGGGCUACAUCUCAGAGACACGAAUCCAAGAGAAUCUGUUUAACUCACUGAAGUUUAAAUGGAACGGAGCUGAUGUGGAGAUAUCCUGGGAUCCAGUUCCUCUGAAACAGCAGUCCGCUUUUAUCCGUGGAUAUGUUCUGUACUGCCAGGAUAAAAGCAGCCACAGCAUCCGCGUGACCUCAGACAACCCUGAGGACACCAGCCUGACAGCGAAGAACCUGAAGAUCAGCUCCUACACCUUCACAGUGGUGGCCCGGACCGCAGUCGGAGAAUGUGGCAACACGUCUAUCACAGCCGCCUUAAAUUUCCAGACUGACAGCUUCAUCAAGACUUUCUUCAUUUCCCUGGGUGCGGUAUCCAUCCUCCUUCUUCUCAUCACAGUCCUCUGUUACAGACACUGGUCAUGCAUCAAGCAGAAAGUUUAUCCUCAGAUCCCCAAGCCAGACAUGACUGAUUGGCUCACAUCAUCUGUUACAAACGUUCAUCCUUAUCUGCUCAAAGACUCAAGUCAUCACGCUGAGGAGCACAUGGACAUCCCACAACUUCUUUAUAAAUCUGGAGAACCACUGAACAAUAACACCCACCGGAAGCAAAUGGCUUUGAUUUCUUCACAAACUCCCCAGGGUUACCAGAACUUACAUUUGGACACGUCCAACCCAAACAUCCCGUCUCUGCCAGUGUUUUCCAACCCGAUGUAUAACCUGCCGAUGCUGGGUGAGGAUCGGACCCCCACCUCGGAGCUGAAGCUUCAGGUGAAGAAUGAAUACCAGCCUCAAAGUCUGGCUGAGAUAUUUCGUCAGAACCAAACGGACCAGGAUCCUAUCUCCUUUGUUUCGGAGUACAUCAUGACACGUCACAAUGAGACGACAUGAAUCAGCU